CUGGGCCUGGGCGGGAUCCGAUCGCAAAUUAAUACCUUUAUUGACCCUCCCCAAGCCUGGCUCGUUUGUCGCGACUCGGUGCCGAUUGAUUGCAUUUGCAUCUUAGGUUCUCCACGACCGCUCCGCUCCACCUUCAUUCUUCUCUCCCUCCAUCUCCACCGCCCGCUGACCGACCGAUGGCAUGCUCGUCAACGGUCUCCAUCUGCCUACCUACUGUUAGUCUGUUACGGAUAGUCCCAUCACCUUAGCGCUUGCGAAGUCGGUGCCAACUGGUCGGACACGGAGAGAGGGGCACCCAAACACCGGAUGACCGACGUAAAACUCGUGGCAGAAAUUCUGAAAUCCGCCUGCCAGGCCCUCCACCUCCUCCGCCUGCCUACUACUUCUCUGCCAGUACCUACCUCGCUGCUUCUUCUUCGCCUUCUUGUCUUCUCUACUUUCUCGACUCGUUCCGUCUUCCUGAUUGCUCAACCUCUCUCACUUUCCAGCUUGUCCUCACAUCGACUCCGUCCAUCCCGAACUAUCACAACUUGAACGUCCCCAAGUGCAUCAACUAUCAAAACCGUCCCGGCCAGCUGCAACUUAGUCUGUUACCUUCGCCCGUGCCCUCUCGGUCCUCCGCCGCCGGCACAUCGAAGCUUACUCCGCCUACCCAAGCCAUCCGAUCCUUUAGGUCCGCAAAUUCUUGGAUGGCGUCUCUAGCCGCAUUUCCAACCGUCGUUAUUUGAUCCUCCGUCCCGUAUUUCUUUCGCUGCUAGAGGUUGUCACAUACGCCGUUGGCUUCUUCACCUAAUCCUCCCCACGCCCCGACUUCCGCACAUAUCCUGAGUAGGCUUUCGCGUUCUCACCUGCGUCGCCGACAACAUGGGGCGCCCACCGGCGUACAUCUUCGUCGUCAGGCACGGCGCACGUCUCGACGCUGCCGACAAGAAGUGGCAUCUUACGUCCCCGACACCAUAUGACCCCCCUCUGACCUACGGCGGCUGGCAGCAAGCCAAAGCACUCGGCAUCCGCAUUGGAAACAUACUGAGACAAGCCGAAGCCGAGGUCAACGCCGAUCCCAAGUUCUCCAACGGCCGCAAUGGCUCCGUCGACUCGCAGAAGAGGCGCCGCAAGUUCAAGGUCGUCCUCCAUAGCUCCCCGUUCUUGCGAUGCGUCCAAACCUCCGUCGCCAUCAGCGCGGGCCUGGCCCAGGCGCCUCCGCCCGGUACGCCCUCGUACCCGAUGCCCUCGCCCAGCGCGAACCCUUCCGCUUCACCCUUUGUUCUACCAGCGUCCGUAGCUGAGGAAGUUGAUCCCCUCUCGAACGAUGCGAACGGUACCAAGCCCGAGCAGGCUAAGAAGAAGAUAAUCAAGAAAUCGACGUUGCGCCUGGAUGCUUUCUUGGGCGAGUGGCUGUCUCCGGAAUACUUUGAAAUGAUCACGCCGCCUCCGGGUUCCGCGAUGAUGCUGGCUGGAGCAAAGGCCGAUUUACUCAGACGGGAGAACAUUCACGCCCACAACCACAUCCAGGAGCACUCCCACCACCACGCAAAUUCUGUUGGCCAAGCCCAGAGUCAGCUGUGGAACAGCCCAAAGUUCAGAGCUGCCCCCACACCCGCCCCUGAGAGGUCUGGCUCUUCGGAUUCCAACUCGCCUUCCAUUCUGGGCCUCGAAAACGUAUCUGCCGUGGCUGGCGCUCUGCCGCGGAGUCGGGCUGGCAGUACAGCUAGCACCUCAAGCCAGCGCGUUCGUUUCACACUCCCAGAGCCCGCGAACCCGAACGACGGAUAUGUAGCUCCCAGCCCCCACUACGCUAUUUCACCAAACCACACCAUCCCCGACGGCUAUGUCGCGCACGCGCGAGAUGCUUGCGUGUCGGUAGAUUACCAAUGGGAUUCGAUGCGGGAGCCGCUGGACUGGGGCGAUGGAGGCAAGUACGGCGAGGAGUGGACAGCCAUGCACCACCGGUUUAGGAAGGGUGUUCAGAAGUUGGUGGACUGGUACACUACCGCUGAGCGUCCGGCGGAGAUGGUCACCAAGGUCGUCAAGACCUCUCAAAAUGGCGACACGGAAUGUGCUAUCGAUGAUGAGGAAGACGACGAUGUGGAGCCGGUGGUCAUCUUGGUAUCUCACGGUGCCGGUUGCAACGCCUUGAUCGGCGCCAUCACGCAUCAGCCGGUCCUGAUGGACGUGGCGAUGGCUUCUUUGACCGUGGCCGCCAGAAAGCCCGGUCGCGACUCGGAGCCCUCCGGCUUGGAUACGCCCAUGUCGGAACCUGACGUCGACCCAAUGUCCGGCACCAAAGGGAUCAUCCCCGUCCAUCACUAUUACGAUCUCAAAUUAUUUGCAAACACCGAGCAUCUGCGCCAGCCUGUCUCGGCUACGCACAACCUGUCCAGGGCUCCCUCGACAGCCUCAAAUCACUCACAAAACGGACAGUCAUACUCGCGAGGGCGCAUCUCGACCGUAGGAUCGACCACAUAUACGCCGACCCCGAUCACAUUCAACCCCGACUCGUUUGACUUUGGAAGUAGGAGCAACUCGGCAAACGCAAAUCUGGGCAGCAUGCGCCGGGGUUCGAAUAACACAUACUCCCUUCCCAGGACGCCCGCGCUCAACACGACCGGAAUCACAGUCGGUAGCGGCGCAACAAACUUCACGAAACCAUCACCGACGUUGUCCGUCGGGCUGUGGUCGCCAAUCACACCAAAGAAGGAGACAGAAGAGGAGGAGGACGAGGAGGACGAUAUCUUUCCGGACUUUGACCACCGGAAAAAGUUGGCCGCUCUUUCCAAGCCCGGCCAGGAGAUUGUCAAGCCUCCGACUCCAGAGAGAAAGGAGCCGCAACUCGGUGGCCCGGCUAAGGUCCCCCUUAGACUGCAAGAGAUCUCUCGCCCUACUUCGAGCGACGGUACCGACGAGGAAAACAAGAUUCCUCAGCUGGGGACAUUUGCCAGCGGGGGUCUGUGGGGAGCGCCGCGUCCCUUGGGGGAGACUGAAAUUAUGCGCGACAUGACGACCUCGAAGCGGCGCUGGACCGUGAAUGAGCGUGGUUGAUGGGUUGUUUCAAGAGAUGAUUGCAUUGCGGCGCGGCGUUGGACUAUCUCAUGGAAUGAAGCGCACGAACAUCCUCAAAGGACAGGAUGGAAUCACACAACAUGGAAGUUUUAUCUUACAGCGAAAAGCGCACGCAAUCACAACAGCGCUGUUACGUCUGCAUCUGGGCGGCAAAAGGACAAAUCUCUACUUUUUUCAUCUUCAUUAUGGCAUUGCGUAGGGAAGAAAAGUUUUGGAGUGGCUCCAAGGCAUGAUAUCAUUUUUAAUAGCGCUGUAGGGAAGGGGGCAUUAGCAUGAGGGUUUUUGCCUUGUUUGAAGUUUCCCCCCCAAAAAACAGCCAUCAAAUAGUUGUUAUGAAGGCAUGGAUGGAUAGCAUAG